AUGAUUUGUUGGAUUCUAAGAUUCAUAAAUAAUUGUAGACAUGGAGGAAGAAAUUAUGGCAAAACUCUGAGUGUUGAAGAAUUGGACAUUGCUGAGAAGAAAUUAGUGAAGAUCGUUCAACAAGAAGCAUUCUCUAGUGAAGAACCGUUGAAGGGACGUUUUACUUUCAGAGAUGAAGAAGGGAUUAUAAGGUUGAAAACAAAGAUUUUGAGAAGACAUGAUGAUGAAAACUUCCGGUGCCCCAUUGUACUUCCAUCCAAACAUGAAUUAGUAGAAAGAAUGAUACAAGACUACCAUUUACAACUUUUACAUGCUGAAUUAAUUGGAAGCUUAUCGACUAGUGGAUUUUUUCUCGGAAUUAGAAGAUUCAUAGCACGAAGAGGACGGCCUAGAGUAGUAUACAGCGAUAAUGGCACAAAUUUUGUAGGGGCAAGGAAUUUGCUCCGAUCUGUUGACUGGAACCAAAUUAACAGAAGUUCUUCAAUAAUGAAAAUUCAGUGGAAACUAAAUCCACCAACCGCAGCAUGGUGGGGCGGCUGGUGGGAGAGACUGGUUCAGAUGAUCAAGAAAUUAUUGAGAAGAGUCCUGGGAAAAGCAUUACUUUCAUAUGAAGAAAUGUUAACUAUCCUGUGUGAUGCAGAAGCAAAUAUCAACUCCAGACCAUUAACAUACGAGUCAGAAGAUUCCACCGAUUUAUGUGCACUCACUCCAUCUAUGUUUAUUCAGGAUGUGCGAACUGAAGGUGUUCCGGAUCUGGACAGUUUGGAUAAAAUCAACUUAUCGAAAAGAUGGCGAUACCACCAAAAGUUACGUGUGGAAUUUCGUAAAAGAUUUAGAGAUGAAUAUCUUGGUAUGUUAGUACAUCGACCAAAGACUGUACCUUCGCGAACCAUCAAGAAAGGUGAUUUAGUGUUUGUAGAGGACGAUAAAAGGAAAAGAACAGACUGGCCUAUGGGUCGUGUGAUCGAAACAUACCCAGGAAAAGACAACAACAUCAGAGUGGUGAAAGUAAAAACAUCUAGUGGUGAACUGUUAAGACCAGUUCAAAGAGUAUUUCCAAUGGAGAUAGACAAUAAAGAAUCUAUCUUCGAGCUUAAAACUACUGAAUCAUCCACAUCUCCGAGAAAUACUGGUAAAAGGAGUGAUUUAGUAAUUGAUACCAAAGACUGUGAACUUGAAAAUUCUGAUAAAAACAUUCAGUUUAGUGGAUAUGGUAGAAAAAUUGUGAAACCAAAGAACUUUAAUUAG